AUGGCCAUCCCCGGUGAACGUUUUGUCCUGGACCUCUCAGACGACGAACAAGAUGUCCAACCCCCCACUGUCGCCGGCGGCCUCAUGAUCGGAGAAAUCAAAGAACGAACACCAAAGGCGCCUUCAGCGCCCACACUUAAAUCAACAACCACCGGUUUCCCGGUAUCGAAGAAUCGUCUCGGCGGGUCGGCGUUCAAGCAAAGACGGAAUGAUGCUUUGCCAUCACGAUUCGCCUCUCGAAACCAGAUCACAACACAACCCCGCGCGACGUCACAGGUCGAGUCGAUGCAAGAUGAAGAGAAGAGGAUCAUAGAUGAAGAAAACAAGCAGAGAAUAGCUGCCAUGUCGGAAACGGAGAUUGAGCAGGAAAAGGCGGAGUUGAUGGCGAAUCUGUCACCUUCGUUGAUUGAGAGAUUAUUACGGAGGGCGAAUAUUGAUGAUGAAGUCGCGGCUGCUCCGACAAAUAAAACAGAACUGAAACGAGAUACCGCCGAGGCGAAGGAGACAAAGAAAACAGGCAAGUCUGUUUCUUUUGGUAUGCCAGAUAUCAAACAGACAGAAACAGUACCAGAGACUACAGACUUUGAGGAUAGACCACCCGCCAUCCAUCCACCAGAUUUACGACCUGCCUCUGAAUUCCCCUCCGGACCUAUCCAUUUCCCUACACCACCACCUCGACAAACGCCCAUGCCAAACCUCGACCCCAGCUCACCUUCAUUCUACGAUGAUUUACAAGCCCACUACUUCCCCGACACCCCACACGACUCCUCGGCACUCUCAUGGCUCAAACCCCUCGACAAAGAUACUGACGCAAUUCAAAACGGGCCCGAAAAUCUCUCCGCCUACCACCCUGCAAGCUCAACCACACAAAUCGUCCCCUCAGCCAUCCGCUUCUCAUUCCGCGGCGAAAUGCUCCCUCCUUCAAAAGCCUUGGACUUACCCACCUCACUCGGUCUGCAUCAUCAUGCCGACGAUCCCGAAGCAGCGGGGUAUACUAUCUCUGAACUUUCGAUAUUGAGUCGGUCCACAGUUGCGGCGCAGAGGUGUGUUGCUUGGCAGGUUUUGGGGCGGAUAUUGUUUAGGUUGGGGAGUGGGGAGUUUGGGGCUGAUGGAUCGGAUUUGGUGGAUGGGCUAUGGAAGGUGGUGGAGCUUGAAGGGGUUGUUUCGAGGAUGUUGGAGGAAGCGGAGGGUGGACCACAACAUGCAGAAAGUGAGAGUGAGGGGACGAAUGCUGGGGUAAAGUCGAAUAUUGGGAGACAUGCGAGUGCUAAAGCGUGGGCUGUGGAGGGGAUAUGGUUAUGGCAAAAGGGGGGAGGGAAACGAGGUAUCGCUAUGAAUGACAUUAAGCAGGGGUUCGGCGGUGCAUGGAGAUUUGUUUUGAAGUUCGAGGACUCGGUUCCUAGCCACACAUAUGAAGACAAUUUCCUCAAGAUGUCCUCAGCAGACCGUCCAGAAAUCCUCCUUCUAAGCCUAUGUGACUAUGGCUUUCUCAAUGAAAGUUACGCGUCACUAUUUAAGCAACUACAUGACUCCGCCCACAUUGAGCGUACCGAAACCGCCGAUGCUGCGAUCCGUUAUCUGACCGAAAAAAAUCCAAAGGCCAUUAUCAUCACAGAUGAAGGCUUGACUCUCAAUGAGAAUACACAAGUGCUCGAAAAAGUGGUCGAGUAUGUUCGCAAUGGUGGUCGUGCCAUAAUCGGUCUUCUGUUCCCCAACUGCGCCCAGUGGGACGACAUUGGCGAUUUAUUUAAUCGAGCCUUCCAACUUCCCUGGAAGAGUGCCAAUUAUAUGAGAGAGACCUUUGAGGUUAAUCCUUCCUGCACUCUACCGGACAGCGUUUCGGUGUCUUCGUUACCCAAGUCAUAUAUGGCGAAGGCGCUUCAUAUCAAGAACGCUCGCCCCCAUGAGAAGAUCUUGGUUCCUGAGAACGAGUUCGAUGAGGAAGAUUACGAGGAUCGUCCGAUUCCAGAGCGUGGCCUUACACCUGCGUAUCUGGAACAGACGCAGGCUAUGGUGACUGGAGCAAAAGUCGGGGAUGGAUAUGUGGCUUAUUGUGGUGAUGUUAAUGGGGAAGAUGGGUCGGAUAAAGUUAUCUUGGCUCUUUGUGGCCUUCGGUGA